AUGAUCAGCUCUCGGGGAGUCACGUGGUACUACCUGGGUGACACACCUAGGCCCCAAGGGCCCGAGUACAGCAGCAGCCCACCACCCUGCCUGUACAUGAACCGGCAUGGACAUUCAGUGUUCACACCUCCAUCUAUGGGAGGCCUAGAGCAGGCCAGUCUGCCCACAAGAUCCUCUUUCUCCGCACCACUCCGAGAUGAAGCCGUACCCCCCCUCCACCACCCGCAGGUCCUCCAGCAGUCUCCGCAGCCUCCCACGGUCUUUACAGAACCCAUGGAGCAAUGUAGGUACCAACUGCCCUUCCCUUGGAUGAAGACUACCAAGUCUCACUCACAUACUUGGAGAGGCCAGUGGACAGGGCCAUAUGUGAUGGGGGAGACCGAGGAGAACAAGCGCACGCGGACGGCGUACACACGCGCGCAGCUGCUGGAGCUGGAGAAAGAGUUCCUCUUUAACCGCUACAUCUCAAGACCAAGACGCGUGGAGCUGGCGCUGACCCUGAGCCUCACAGAGCGUCACAUCAAGAUCUGGUUUCAAAAUCGACGAAUGAAGUGGAAAAAGGAGGAGGACCGCCGUCGAUCCCGAGGCGCAGACCAGGACUCCUCCGUUUCGUCCGGAGACCAGGCCGGAGGAAUCCUCUCCUCAAAUGGACCUCAAAGGCCCUCAUCCCCGGCCUCACCGCAAGGGCUCACGGUUACCACUGAGCCUGCAUAG